CAAUAUGAGAAAUAUGAGAACUGUCUGUAUGAGAUCUGCCAAUAUAAGAACUGUCAAUAUGAGAACUGUCAAUAUGAGGAAUGUCAAUCUAAGAUCUGCCAAUAUAAGAACUGUCAAUAUGAGAUCUGCCAACAUGAGAACUGUCAAUAUGAGAAAUAUGAGAACUGUCUGUAUGAGAUCUGCCAAUAUAAGAACUGUCAAUAUGAGAACUGUCAAUAUGAGAAAUAUGAGAACUGUCUGUAUGAGAUCUGCCAAUAUAAGAACUGUCAAUAUGAGAACUGUCAAUAUGAGAAAUAUGAGAACUGUCUGUAUGAGAUCUGCCAAUAUAAGAACUGUCAAUAUGAGAUCUGCCAACAUGAGAACUGUCAAUAUGAGAAAUUUGAGAACUGUCUGUAUGAGAUCUGCCAAUAUAAGAACUGUCAAUAUGAAAACUGUCAAUAUGAGGAAUGUCAAUCUAAGAUCUGCCAAUAUAAGAACUGUCAAUAUGAGAUCUGCCAACAUGAGAACUGUCAAUAUGACAUCUGUCGA